CACUGUUGUAUUUGUAUGUGGGUGUGUCAGGACCCCAUGGUGGAGAAGAGUCUGGUGUGUCUGAAGGCAGCAGUGUCUGACAAGCUGGAGAACACCUACACCACAGCCCUGCUGUCCUACACAUUCACCCUGGCACAAAACCAGGACAUGAGGGCCAAGCUCAUCACCCAACUGGACAAGAUUGCUGAUACCUCAGGUGGCAAUCGUCACUGGCAGAGAGCAGAGGCUUCUGGGCGGAAGACGGACUCUCUGGAGGUGGAAAUGACAUCCUACGUGCUGCUGGCGCUGCUCUCAGGCCCCUCCAUGCCAGGCUUUGGGCUGGACUACUCCACCGCCAUCGUCCGCUGGCUGGCCCAGCAGCAGAACCCCUACGGAGGUUUUGCUUCCACACAGGACACAGUGGUAGCACUGCAGGCCCUGGCCAAGUACGGUGCUGCCACCUUCAGUCCAGAGGGCACCAGUGCAGUCAGUGUGAGCUCUGCCGGAGGCCUGAAUAUGGAGUUCACUGUGAAUCAGAACAACAGGCUGCUCUAUCAGGAGGAGCAGCUGAAGGAGGUCCCUGGGGACUACAACAUCAAGGCACAGGGCAAGAGCUGCGUGUUUGUGCAGAUCGCCAUGCACUACAAUAUUCCCCCUCCUCCUGAUUUCUCUGCUUUUAACAUCUUAACAAAUACGCUGGGGAAAUGCGACGGCACCAAGAAAUCUCUGAUUGUGUCUGUGGAUGUAAGGUACAACGGUCGGAGAGAGGAGACCAACAUGGUGAUCAUCAAUGUCAAGCUUCUCUCCGGCUUCGUCCUGGACAAGUCCUCCCUCAGGCCUUUGAAAAAUGACCCCACUGUCAAGCGAGUUGACCUGGAGGAAGGACAUGUCAUAAUCUACCUAGAUGGGCUGAAGCAGAAGGAAACUAAGACGUACAGCCUGGCCAUAGAGGAGGAUGUGCCUGUGAGGAAUCUGAAACCAGCUGUGGUGAAAGUGUAUGACUACUACCAGACAAGUGAUGAAGCUGUGAGUGAAUACAGCUCCCCAUGUGCAGAGAGUAAGUACAUAACCUUUCUACAACCAAACCUACAUAUCUACACAAGAGCGUAG